AUGGCCGACCAAACUACUUGUUUCCUCAUCCUCCAUUUUCUGUCAGUACUGCUUCUCAUGUCUUGUUUAACUACUGAUGCAAAAAUUCUGAACAUCACCACUGAUCAAUCUGCUCUUCUUACCUUGAAAGCUCAUAUUUCUUAUGACCCUCACCAUAUUUUGACAAAAAAUUGGUCCUCCAGUACUUCAGUUUGCAAUUGGGUCGGUGUCACCUGUGGUUCCAGACAUCAUCGGGUUAUAGCCUUGAAACUUUCUAACAAUGGUCUUGUAGGAACCAUUCCUCCGCAUAUAGGAAACCUUUCAUUUCUUGUCAACCUAACCAUCAGCCAGAAUAGUUUUCAUGGCUCAAUGCCUAACGAAUUGUCUCAUCUUUAUCGCUUGAAACUUUUGCAUUUCGGAUACAAUGAAUUCAGUGGAGAAAUCCCGUCAUGGAUAGGAUUGCUAACAAAACUUCAAAUUUUAAGUCUUGUAACCAACAAUUUCAAAGGAAAACUAUCACCCGAAAUAGGGAACUUAACAAAGCUCACAUUUUUAUUUCUUGGCUUCAACAACUUCGAAGGUGCAAUACCUAGUGAAAUUGGUAAUUUGCAGAACCUAGAGAAUUUCAAUUUAGGAAAAAACAAUUUUGUUGGCACAAUUCCACUGGAGAUAUUCAAUAUCUCAACAUUACAAAACUUCAGUGUAGGAGGUAAUCACCUCUCAGGCACUCUUCCAUCAGAUCUGGGCCACUUCCUUCCAAAUCUCAGGGAGAUUUAUCUUGGGGGGAAUGAACUUAGUGGAACGAUUCCAGCCUCAAUCUUCAAGAUGUCUACCUUGCAAAUAAUUCAUCUUACAGAAAACAAGUUUUCAGGUCCAAUGCCCUCCUUUUUGUUCAACAUGCCUUCACUGCAAAUUAUUGAUCUCAGCAAUAAUACGCUAUCUGGUACACUACCACUGGAAGUAGGGAACUUAACCAUGCUUACAGAUUUAUACCUUGGGAAUAACAAAUUCAAAGGUAGUCUCCCACCCUCUUUCUUCAAGUGCAAACAGCUGCAAUAUUUAAGUUUGGGGGCUAAUAAUUUCAAAGGAAAACUAUCACCCGAAAUAGGGAACUUAACCAAGCUCAUAGAUUUAGAUCUUGACUUCAACAACUUCGAAGGUGCAAUACCAAGUGAAAUUGGUAAUUUGCAGAACCUAGAGCUUCUCAAUUUGGGAAGUAACAAUUUUGUUGGCACAAUUCCACUAGAAAUAUUCAAUAUCUCAACAUUACAACAGUUCUCCAUAGUACAAAAUCACCUCUCAGGCACUCUUCCAUCAGAUCUGGGCCACUUCCUUCCAAAUCUAAGGGGAAUCUUUUUUGGAUGGAAUGAACUUAGUGGGAUGAUUCCAGCCUCUAUUUCCAAUGUUUCACAACUCAGUACACUCGACUUGUCAGGAAACGCAUUCUUGGGCUCAAUUCCAAAAACACUUGGUAAUUUAAGGCUCCUCCAGCGGCUCAACCUUGGAUUCAAUAAUUUGACCAUUGAAUCUUCAGAGUUGAGUAUUUUCUCGUAUUUUUCAAACAACGCAUAUCUCAAAAUUUUGCGCUUGUCUAGGAAUCCACUAAAUGGAGUCCUUCCUAAUUCCAUUGGAAACCUCUCGACCUUUCUUGAGCAACUUGUCCUCACUGGUUGCAAUAUUAAGGGCAACAUUCCCAUUGAUAUUGGCAAUUUAAGUAGAUUGACAUUUAUGUCCCUAGGCGGCAAUGAUUUGGCUGGACCUAUUCCAACUACAAUAGGAAGAUUAAGCGUGCUCGAACAGUUGUCCCUUUCUGGUAAUAGACUAAAAGGUCCAAUCCCGUCUGAUAUCUAUUACUUAGGGAGAUUGGGAAGUUUAGAUUUAGCUGGCAACAAGCUUUCCGGACAGAUUCCCGAAAGCAUAAAUAAUAUGACUUCAUUAAUAUCUCUCAACUUAAACUUCAACCAAUUAACUUCAAGGAUUCCUUCAAGCUUGUGGAGGUUGACACAUCUCUUGGUGGUCGACUUGUCAUCCAAUUUCCUAAGUGGGUCUCUUUCAUUAGAGAUUGGAAAUAUGAAGGCCCUAACAUUGUUGAAUUUAUCAAGAAAUCAACUAUCCGGUCAUAUCCCAGAAACAAUUGGUGGGCUCAUAACUCUAGUCAGUCUCUCUUUGGCAGUCAAUCAAUUAGAGGGCUCCAUUCCUAUAUCUUUUGGUGGAUUAGUAAGCUUGGAGGUAUUAGAUCUUGCUGGUAACAACUUAUCUGAAGAGAUACCCAAGUCCUUAGAAGUGCUACGGUACCUCAAAUAUCUAAAUGUCUCCUACAAUAAACUACGAGGAGAAAUUCCAACACAAGGACCAUUUGUUAACUUCUCAGCUGAAUCAUUCAUGUCAAAUGAUGCGCUCUGUGGUGUGGCUAGACUGAAUGUUCCUACAUGCAAAGACACUUCUCUUGGACCAAAAAAGGCAAUGGGUGUGCGUAUACUAAAAUAUAUACUGCCCACAUUGGGGUUAACGAUACUUGUAGUAUCCGUUGUACUAGUCUCAAGAAAACUCCAUGGGAAGAAGAAUUCAAAACUUUCCAACAACAAAGACUCAAUGCCUUUAUCAACAUGGAGAAGAAUUUCCCACCAACAACUUUUACAAGCAACAGAAGGGUUCAGUGCAAACAACUUACUUGGAGAAGGGAGUUUCGGCUCAGUUUAUAAAGGGACACUCUUAGAUGGAACAUACGUUGCAAUAAAAGUUCUAAACUUGGAACUAGAAGGUGCAUUCAAAAGUUUUGACAUAGAAUGCGAGAUAUUACGACACAUUCGUCAUCGAAAUCUUGUCAAAAUCAUUAGCGUUUGUAGUAACAUUGACUUCAAAGCACUUGUUUUGGAAUACAUGCCAAAAGGAAACCUAGAAAUGUGGUUGUAUUCUAACACCCAUUGCUUGAAUAUGCUACAAAGGCUAAAUAUAAUGAUUGAUGUGGCAACGGCACUUGAAUACCUUCAUCUUGGUUAUUCAACACUUAUUGUUCAUUGUGAUUUGAAGCCGAGCAAUGUCUUAUUAGAUGAAGAUAUGGUUGGACAUGUUGCUGAUUUUGGCAUUGCCAAACUCCUAAGUGAUGGAACUUCUCUCACGCAAACAAUGACUAUGGCUACAAUUGGAUAUAUGGCACCAGAGUAUGGAUCUGAAGGAAUUGUUUCUGCAAGAGGUGAUGUUUAUAGUUAUGGAAUCUUAUUGAUGGAAACUUUCACAAGAAAGAAGCCCAUUGAUGAUAUGUUUACUGGCGAAAUGAGCUUAAAGCGUUUAGUAGAGGAAUCAUUUUCGCUUUCGAUACUUGAAGUUAUUGAUUCCAAUUUGCUGAGCAAUGAAAAUGACUAUGCUGCUAUGGAGACCUGCUUAUCAGCAACUAUGGGCUUGGCUUUGCAUUGUUGUGCAGAUCUGCCUGAACAGAGGAUCGAUAUAAAAAAUGUUUUAGCUAGACUUAACAAGAUCAAAUUAAAGUAUCUACAUGAUCAACAAUCAGGCUAG